ACUCCAUCUGAACUCCUCCUCAGAUAUUGACAGUGAUUUUGUGAGUAGCACUGCAGAGAUGAGGGUGGCUGUUGUUGUCUUGUGUCUGAUGUGGCUGUGCAUGUGUGAGAGCCGCAGGCUGGGUCGCUGUGAUGUCGUCCGUAUCUUCAAGCAAGAGGGACUUGAUGGCUUUGAGGGAUUCUCACUUGGCAACUAUGUGUGCACGGCCUACUGGGAGAGCAGGUAUAAGACCCAUAGAGUGCGUUCAGCUGAUGUUGGGAAAGACUAUGGAAUCUUCCAGAUAAACAGUUUUAAAUGGUGCGAUGACGGCACUCCAGGUGGAAAGAACCAGUGCAAAAUACCCUGUUCAGAUUUGCUAAAGGAUGACCUGAAAGCUUCAGUUGAAUGUGCAAAGCUCAUUGUGAAAACCGAAGGACUGAAAUCAUGGCAAACCUGGAGUAGUUACUGUAAGGGGCGUAAGAUGACACGCUGGGUGAAAGGAUGUGAGCACUAAUAAGGCCUUGAUUGGCAACAGGAGCUUAAAUUAGCUAUAAUGCCUUCAGAUUAUGUGCUAAUGCAUUUAAACUCUUGGUUUAUAUGACUUUUAAAAAAACUAAUAGACAUUGUCAUUAUUAACAUUUGUAACCUUGAUCUUGAGAUGUCAAUUAAAAGUUCUUCCCAAUUGUUAA